GUGAGAAGCCCUACCACUGCACCUGGGAAGGCUGUGGCUGGAAAUUUGCCCGCUCCGAUGAGUUGACCCGCCACUACCGCAAGCACACGGGGCACCGGCCCUUCCAGUGCCACCUCUGCGAGCGAGCUUUCUCCCGCUCCGACCACCUUGCCCUCCACAUGAAGCGGCACAUGAUGACACCAGAGAGGAGGAAACGGGACAGUCUUAUUAAUGACUUUCAUCCCGGCAGCCACAG